AUGCCAGUGGAAGAUGAUCGCCACAUUAUGAUGCGGGCCCCGGCUGGCUGCGGCGGUAAGGGCGGCUGCUCUUAUGGACUGACAUUGGGGAAAGAGAAAAAAAUGGAAGAAAAGGAAGAAGAGGAAGAAGAGGAGGGGGAAAAGAAAGAAGAAGAGCAGGAAGAGGAAGAGGAGGAGGAGGAGGAGGAGGCCGCCCCAGCAGUCCCUGCAGUGAAGAAGCAUCUCAGAUCAGUCAAGACAGACUUGGUCCUCCUACUAAUAGCCUAUACAACUGCAGUUUUGAUUGUACAGGGCGAGACGGAGCUGCUGUACACUCCAAAUUCAAUAAGUUGCUCUUGUCCCCAGAGGAACCAAGUCGAUUCGAUGGAAAUUACUCCCACUAGCUACUGCGUACCUGAGUUACUAACGCUUUACUUGGGCAUCCUACAGACUCUGUCCAGUUCCACUCUUAUCAAUGAAGGAUCCUCUGGUCGGACAGUACCCGCCGAUCCAGCCCAAACGCCCGUCUCCAAACACACGAAUCCCCGACCGUCUCAGAAGGAGCACCGUCCGCUCGAAGGGGAGAAUGAAACGCCAUCCAUGUCUGGGGUCUCUGCGAUUUAAUGUUGAGAAUGCUCCAGGGAGACCGACGAGUUAUAAUCACUGCAUAAGGCGAGGCUAAAGUGGGUUUUUUUUAAGAUUCGCUGUGGACCGUCUGGAGUCUGGAUGGAACCCACCGUCCAGUAGUUCACGUCAGAUUGAUUGGCGAAUCCCCCAGCGCUAUGGCUGCUGGAAAUUACCUUGGCAGGGUAGGGUGGGGGAUGGAGAGCUUCUAUUCAAAGAUCCAUGGAGCCAGAUGAGGCUUCAUUUUUCUCUUGUCAUCCGACCGGAGAGGGAAAGUGAGCGGUGUGGAUUAGUUUU